AAAUGCACUUUUCACAUCUAAUUAUGGGUAUUUAUGUUGUAUUUAAAAAUACACGCUAAGCUUAAAUUCAAUAUGAUAUAAUAAAUGCGUGAAUGUGGGUCUCCGGUUGAGACCAGUUGAGAACCUUUCCCUCUUCAGUUACACUGUUGAACAUGAGGGGGCAGUAUAGCACAAACUCCAAUACAACGAACGAAGAAGACAAAACGGCGCUGAUUUUGAACUUUGAAGAAGGGAGCAAACAGUAGGUGUGGCUUUCUCUGCUGCAGUACUGCCGUGGGGAUCUCUGCGUUUCGUCUCUUGACAUCGGACGUCGACUGGGUCAUUCCAUGCCAGGCACACUUUUACAGCGAAUAUAUUGCCUAGGCUAACGUGACUAGCCGCAGGCAAGACACAAUGGAGUCGACUGUGGUGAACUUGUACAACCAGUUUCAGACUUUACGUUCCCAGGUGGACUGUCUGAAUGAGAGCGUUGAACCACAGUUUCUUCAGAUGGCUGUGAGCUUUGAGGAGUGCCGUAAGAAGUGGCUGCGGGCUGGUGAGGAGCUGCUUUCCUGCAAAGAGACGCUGGCUAAAGCAGAGACUGAGAAGGGUGCUCUGGAGGUCAGACUGAAACAUGCACGCAACCAAGUAGAUGUGGAGAUCCGUCGGCGGCAGAAGGCUGAAGCUGUCUACGAGAAGCUGGAGCGUCAGCUACAGUUGAUCCGGGACGUUCUGAUAUCAGAGAACAACGGGAACAGUGUCCACCUGAGUGAGGAGCAACGCUCGGCCUUGGCCUUCCUCAGCGCGCACUCCCAGGCUGCGCAGGCCGCUAAAUCCAACCCUAACUCCAGCAGAAGGCUAACAACAAUUGAUGAAUCAGCCUCCAUAUUAUCAGGCAUCAGUUUUGAUCAAACAGAUGACUCUCUGGAAUGGGAUUCUUCCGUGAUGAAGACCGCAAGAUUGCAGAAACGUCAGAAACGACGAUCCUCCCGAAAACUUGAGGUUCCUUCACAGAUGCUGAAGAAACCUCGCUCCACUGGACACCCGUCAGACAGAAUGAAUGAGUCCAUAAUUGCCACAACCACCAUUGCUUUGCCUGUGAAUGGUGGUGCUGUGGAGGCUGUCUCCACCAUUGAAAGAGUCCCCUACUUCACACGCAGUAGAAAAAAGAGUGUUCCUCAAUCCUGGCCUGAAACAACCUCGACUGAUCUAUCUGAAGCCAACAGUGAAGCACCCAGCACACCAGUCUCAGAUCCCCCCAAUCGCCUACAAAACCCCAAAGCCAAUGGAGGAGGGAAGCAGCAUCAGUUUGUCAGCAAAACUGUGAUCAAAUCAGAGUUCUGUGCACCAUGUGGAAAGAGGACAAAAUUUGGCAAGAUAUACCUUCGCUGUCAGGACUGCAGGAUUCUGACACAUCCUGAGUGUCGGGAUGGUUGCCCCCUUCCUUGUAAUCCUGCAGCCGUCAGCACUCCCAUCAGGACUGCAGAGAGCACCCUGGCUGACUUUGCUCCCGUCACUUCUCCAAGGAUUCCAGCUUUGGUCAUCUACUGCAUCAAAGAGAUAGAACACAGGGGGCUUCAUGAAGUUGGCCUGUACAGAAUCUCUGGCCAGGAGCGUCAGGUGAAAGAUCUGAAAGAGAAGCUGAUGAGAGGAAAGACUCUGCCACAACUUAACAAGGUAGAAGACAUCAACGUCAUCACAGGUGUCCUCAAAGACUUCCUCAGGAACCUUCCAGAGCCGCUGCUCACCUUCCGCCUGAACAAAGCAUUCAUGGAGGCAGCUGAAAUCCAAGAUGAUGAUAACAGUCUUGCCAUGCUGUACCAGACCAUUAAUGGGCUCCCUCAACCCAACCGAGACACUCUGGCCUGCCUGAUGAUUCACCUCCAGAAGGUGUCUAAAAGUGUGGAUACAAAGAUGGAUGUGAUAAACUUGGCCAGGGUGUUUGGACCUACUCUUGUAGGCCAUGCUACUCCCAAUCCGGACCACAUGACUCUCCUAAAUGACACUCACAGACAACCACGGGUAGUUGAGCGCUUGCUCAGUAUCCCGACAAGCUACUGGGGCCUCUAUGCCUAUCCAGAUGAUCUUGACGCAGACAAUGCUCACCUCACUGAGACUCCAAAUCGUAAAGUAAGCAUACUCGGACCAGUGACCACUCCUGAGCAACAAAUGAUGACCAAGACCCCUUCGUCCGGCUCACUGUCACAGCGUAUGAUGCAGACCCUCUCCAGCACUACCUUAUUUACAAGCAAGAGCAAAGGAUCUGCUAAUGCCCGUGGAAACUUCUUCGAGUCUCCACAACUGAAGUAACGGCCAAUUGGAAUUUAGUCGAAUGCUCGUGAUUGUAGUAUCUAUGUAUUAUGUGCAGUAAUAAGUUCUAUUUCCACAUAUACACAUAACUAAUGUGCAAUUUUAGCAUAUAACUGCAUUAUACAAUGUUUUUAACCACAACUUACAGAGGAAAUCUGUGACGAGUUGAAGAAUUUUUGUAUCUGUGAUUACUAAUGACUUUUUCUGAACUGUGAUAUCUCUUAAGCGAUUCAAAGCUUUGAUCACCAAGCAACCACACAGUCAACCCAUUCUAAGCAUCUUGUCUUUUGUGCUCAACAUUUAUCAUCCACGGAUGAGUCUGUGAUUGUUACCACAGCAUCUGGGAUGGCAAAUAUGGGAUUCAGCACUGGACUGAAGGGAAAAAAAAAUGAAGGUUUUGGCUUUGGAUGCUUGGAUGGUUUGCUGAUGUUUCAUUUAAAAGUAUAUUAUGUGUUUAUGUUGUGUGGUAACGUAUUAGCAUACAUACCAAAGAUUAUAACAUUCAACACUAAUACUGAAUGGGAAUGACGCAGUACUUGCACUGUAUCUACUGUAUGCAACACACAGACUACUAGGUCUUUUACUGUAUGUGAAUGGCCGCCACUAGAGGCCGCUGUUGUAUUAUUAAUAUGCGAUUCUCAGCGCACAGGCAGUUCAUAUUAAUGACUGUCCUUUCAUUACAGUAUUGAACAAAUCAGUACAAAUGGCUUCUAUGAUUCUUCUGACAAUGGGAAUAGCAAUAUUACUUUUUACACUACUGCAUUUCUAAAUGUAUUUUAAACUUUAUAUGUUUUAUGCCAAUCUGUGCCUUUUUUUCAUGUUUUACUUAGGUUUUUCUAAUGAAAUGUUAUUUUUCCAGAGUCCUGAUUUUGGGUGUACAACUUGUUUUUGCUUAAAUUCCUUCCUGCUUCAAAACACUUGAUGUGUGAGGCAGCCGUCCAGGACUUAGGACCUGUCUUCUGAUGUUGCUGCUUCUGCCAGAUAUCUUAUUCAUUUAAAUUGGACUCCAAUGGAACGCCAAAAAACAAGUCCAC